AUGGCUACUACCAUCAUCCAACGUACUCCUGUCGAUAUGCCUGUUCCUAAAUCUAGUGCUCCUCCAAAAUUCACUGGAUCUUACGUCGACGUCAAGAACUUUUUGGAUCACUGCGACCGCAUUUUUGAUCAGUACAAUGUCACUCUCAACGAUGACAAAGUACGAUACAUGGUUCAAUGCUGCAACCAAGAGAGCAGAGAAAUCAUUGAAGGUUUACCCAGCCACCAUGCCAAGCAAUGGGAACGACUCAAGACUGAUAUGCUCAAGAUCUUUGACCAUGCUAGGACAACGCAGAAGUUCACGUUGACUACUCUUCGUGCUUACGCUUUCCAACACUCCAAUCUUUCUAUGCGUUCUCUUGAUGACUUCCGCAAGUAUCAGAAGCAAUAUAUUCGCAUUGCUGGUUGGCUUCUCAACAACAACAAGAUAUCCAAGACGGAAUACAAUCAAUACUUCUGGCUAGGAAUCAAUGAAUCCCUCCGACCUGCGCUUGAAAGCAAGAUCAUGGUCUUUAAUCCUCAUAUCGAUCUCUCCUCACCUUUUUCCAUUGAAGACGUCACCAAGGCAGUUGAAAUCAUCUUUAAACGAGACCGCUUUGACGUUGGAAUCUUUGACAAUCCUUCUGCAUGUUCUUUCACGUCUCUUAUUCCCCCAAAGGAUUUGUAUCCUGAACGUUCAUCAGUCUUUGACAAGAUCAAGAAGUACUUACAGGAGAUGUUUCCUAACAUCAAGACAUGCGAUGCUUGUGAACGUCCAUACAAUCCCCCGGAAGAGACCAAGCGCAUCUUUCAGGAUCUAGACAAGGAAGAAAAGCAAGCACACAAGGACGACAAAGUGAAGAACUUGAUCAAGCAGAUGUUGAAGCUCACCAUCCAUGAUUCUUCGUACACUAUUUACUAUCUUUGCGCCAUCAAGUUGGAACCCGCUCUUGCUAACAUGCUCAUUGCUCCGGCCAUUAUAAAUCCAAGUGCACAGCCAGCUCAGCCAGUCCCAAUCGCAAGUCAGACAGCACCUCCAGCACCACGAGCACCACGCCAUGGAAUCAACAACUGCCCAACGCUCAUUGAUCUUACGAACCGCAAGCUUAUUUCCAGAGACAGUAGCAAUCGAGUUGUCUUUCCUGAUAGAUCCCGCAUUAUUCGCCAGAAUGGAGAGUCAAUCGCACAAGCAGUCCUUCGUCAACAACAGCCUCCUCCUCCUCCUCAAGUCGCUACCACAAGCAUAGCCGUAUCCGAAGCAUAUUAUGGUCAGAUGUUCAAGAACUACAGAGCCAUGGUCGCAAAAGAAGAAGAGGACGACAUUGGAACCUGGGAUGGAGAAGACGAGUUUGAGUUUACGCUGGCAGGUCCUGGUAAUCGAAUCCCAACUGAAAAGCGAACACGUGCUGCACGCAAACAGGUCAUGGACGCUGUGGUACCUCCGGAACCCGCGUAUCUCAAAGGAAAGCGAGCGGAAAUAAGUAAAGCUAAGGAUUCUUCUCAGAUCCCAUCUAUUCUUAAACGUCCGGCUAACUCUGGAUUGCCAAACAAUGUGCCUAGCUCCACUUCCAUUCAACCUGUCCCAAUCCCGUCAAUUAAUCAACCUUCUGCCGAAAUGAAUCCAUCAAUUCCUGUCAAACAAGCUCAACCCAAUGUCCCGAUUAGGGCAAAUCCAACGGAACAUCCCGAGACUGCGCAACGAUACGAGGUUUUUGAUCCGGCCGAUGAUGAUCAAAUCAUGGAAGAUGUCACUCCUAGUCUAGAACGAGGCAAAUCAGUUACCAAGCCACACGCAGCGCCUCAGAAACGUGUCUCUGACAUAUCCCAAACUGUCAACACUAUGGCCAUUCUCAGACGAUGCCUUAAUCAACCCGUUAAUGCGACGUUCGGCGAGUUACUUGGAGUUUCAAAGAACCUUAGGACCCUUCUUAUCAACAGUAUCAAAGGCAAGACCCUUACUGUCGACGAAUUCAAAGCUUCAUUGACAAACGGCAACUUAAAGCUUUCUGAUAAGGAAGUUCUAGACAUCAUUCGCAGUGCCGAAAAGGACGUACCUGUUCAAUACAUGCACGAGACCAAUUCAGUUGAAUCCCUUCGUGCUCACGAGCCCCUUCUUCGAAUCACAUUAAUGUGUAAUGGUCACAAACUCAAUGCCUUGAUUGACAGUGGAUCUACGCAGAACAUUCUAAGCGAACAGGCUUGGAAGAAGAUUGUCAGGUUGCCGAUGGACAGCCGGAAUACUAUUGUUAUGGUUGAUAUUCAUGGCGGCAAAUCCCACAUGCUUGGAUUCGUUGGAAAUGUUCAACUUGAUAUUGGUACAGUCAGGACGCGUGCUCAUUGCUAUGUAUCCAACAAAGUCCAGUUUGAUAUACUCUUGGGACAUCCAUGGACCCGUGACAACUAUGUGGACAUUCUAGAAUGA